UCUGCACACACAAGUUUACAACAACACAUCCAACAAGGUAAAAUGGCGUCGGGUGCCAUUUCAACGGAGUCAAAGAAAAUAACAGAUUUACGAGUUAUAGAUCUCAAAUCUGAACUCAAGCGAAGGAAUUUAGAUGUCACAGGUGUGAAGAAUGUUCUAAUUGCCAGGCUGAAACAGGCCAUUGAGGAGGAAGGUGGAGAUCCAGAGACCAUUGAAAUUCCACUCCCAGCAGACACGCCUAAUAGAAAAAAAGCUAAAGGAAAGAAAGUGGACUCUGACACUGACAAUCCAAUGGAAGAUGAAUCCUUCUCCAAGGAAGAUGAAUCCUUCUCCAAGGAAGAUGAAUCCUUCUCCAAGGAAGAUGAAUCCUUCUCYAAGGAAGAUGAAUCUCCUACCAAGGAAGAUGAAUCUCCUACCAAGGAAGAUGAAUCUCCUACCAAGGAAGAUGAAUCUCCUACCAAGGAAGAUGAAUCUCCUACCAAGGAAGAUGAAUCUCCUACCAAGGAAGAUGAAUCUCCUACCAAGGAAGAUGAAUCUCCUACCAAGGAAGAUGAAUCUCCUACCAAGGAAGAUGAAUCUCCUACCAAGGAAGAUGAAUCUCCUACCAAGGAAGAGGAAUCUCCUACCAAGAAAGAGGAAUCUGCUACCAAGGAAGAGGAAUCUGCUACCAAGGAAAACAAAUAUUUUUCCAAGGAGGGAGACGAGGAUGACGUUGAAGAAGAUAUAACUGAUACAGAUGAUGGUACUCGCGAAAAUUCUAAACAUCCACCCAGUGAGGACGGCCUCCCAGAAACCGAGGUUGAGGCAGAAGCCGAGGCGGAGGCCGAACAAGUGGAGGAGAUCGAAACUGAAGUUGCCGUCUCCGCUAAAGAAGACGAGGACGAUAACAUAUCCGUCACACUCCAGAAUGAAGAUGCCAUCACGCUGGAUGUUGAUGGUGAUGACCUCCUGGAAACAGGUAAACAUGUGAAACUUCCAGAUUCAGAGGCAGACAAGGGCUGUGACGAGCCAGAGGCCUCUGCUGAGAUGAGCCCCAAGGAUGCCAUGAAGAUGGAAGUGGAAGGCCAUAAAGAUGGUAAGAAGGAUGACGGGACGAAGGUUGACUCCUCUAAGAAGGAAAGCAGAGAGGCCUCGAAGAAARCUGAAAUGGGWGACAAAGACAAGGAUUCUGGGAAGAAAGGCCCCUCGUCUACUGGGGCAUCAGGUCAAGGAAAGAGUUCUUCAAAGGACAGAGAUGGAAAGGCCACAAAAGAUGACAAAGGAAGUAUCAGCAGUAGUAGUGCAAGCAGCUCCACUCGAAACAUAUGGGUGAGCGGCCUGUCCUCCAACACCAAAGCAGCUGAUUUGAAAAACCUCUUUGGCAAAUAUGGGAAGGUUUUCAGUGCAAAAGUGGUUACUAAUGCUCGCAGUCCUGGAGCCAAAUGUUAUGGCUUGGUGACAAUGUCUUCCAGUGCAGAGGUGGGAAGGUGCAUCUCCCACCUGGACCGCACAGAACUCCACGGCCAGCAGAUAUCUGUUGAAAGGGUUAAAAGUGAUCCCUUCAAGAAAGAACCUUCAAAGAAGGAAUCAGAUGACAAAACCAGCUCCAGCAAAUCGAGUGACAAACGUAGUGCGUUGACAAACAAGACUAGCACUAGCAAAACCCAGCCAUCCUCCAAAAAAGAAGAGAAGAAGUCCGACAAGCCAUCAGACAAAGACGGCAAGGAUUCAUCCAAGAAGCAGGAGUCUAAAAGCACAACAUCCAGCUCAGGCCCAGAUGCCUCCAAGAAAGAUGAUAAAAAGCAUGGUGGAAGGACCAAGAGCCCUGGCAAGAUGGUGGUGAUUGAUCAUGCCAAAGGAGACCUGAACAAAGUGAGACCACCAUUCAGGAGGGGGAGAUUUGACAAGCCGGGUUUCACCACCAACAACAACAUGAUGCAGCGGAGACCCAGAUAUUUUAUGCCUCCCGAAGAGAUGGAGAUGAAUAGAGUUAGAGUUUUCCCCAACAAGGGAGGCAGCAAAGACAUCCUCCCCUUUGAGAAGAUGAAAGAGCAGAGGUUGCGCGAGCGUAUGGUCCGGCUGGAGCGCGUCCGCAGGGCUGUGGAGCUUCGCAGGCGGCGUGAGAUAGCGGAGCGGGAACGCCGGGAGCGUGAGCGUAUCAGUCUGAUUAGGGAGCGGGAGGAGAGGGAGAACCUGCUCCGGGAACGUCAGAGGCUUGAGGUGGAGAGGCAGAAACUGGAGAGGGAGCGCAUGGAGAGGGAAAGGCUGGAGAGGGAAAGGAUCCGCAUAGAGCAGGAGCGGCGUAAAGAGGCGGAGCGUAUGGCUCGUGAGCGGGAGGAGCUGAGGAGGCAGCAGGAGCAGCUCCGCUACGAGCAGGAGAAGAGAAACAACCUGAAGAGAGGCCGCGAUGUGGACCACAGCCGGAGGGAUGAUCCCUACUGGAAUGGAAACAAGAAGAUCCAGCCAGAGUCUGAGGGCCGUGUCAACCAGGGCUCGGACUACAACCGCCAGCAGAACCGCUUUACUGAGUUCAGCCCCCGGGAGAGAGGCAGAGGCUUCCCCGAGGCUGCAGCCGUGGAGCCCAACACCAUUGAGAGACGUAACCGCUUCAACAGUGAGCCUGAGGCCAAGAAGUCCCGCCCCGCUGCUCGCAGGGACAGCUCUGGGUUUGAGCGCUACACCAAGAACUUUGAGACUGUCCGCAGGGCCGAGCCUCCUCCAACUCCACGCGCAGACAUCCGUGACACAGACCGCAGAGAGAUCCGGGACAGGGAUGAGCGCCGGGCCGCGCCCAUGCCUGAGCGCCGGGCCGCGCCCAUGCCUGAGCGCCGGGCCGCGCCCAUGCCUGAGCGCCGGGCGUAG